AUGGAGGCUGCGUGGCACAAGGCGGAUACUUGCGAGGUGUUCAGCCGGGAGGGACAGCCUGCUGAGGCCGCCCGGAUCCUACAGCUGGAGUCGGACCUCCGGGUUGCCCGCGCUCAAUGCGCCACAAGUGAGGAGGCGAACCGGGCUGCUGCCGCCAAGCUGAAGGUGGCUGACGGGGAGCUGAAACGGCUGCGCCUUCUUGAGGCUAACCAUCUCAAGGAACUUGCCGCCCUCAAGAAGGAGCAGGAGGAAAAGCUGGAGGGUCUGAGCAAGCGGUUGGAGGAGGUGGAGCGGCAACGGCUUUCGCUCCAGCAGGAGGUGACCACCAAGUCCAACGAGUCGUCGGCCACCGCCAAGCGGUGGUUGGGGGAACUUAGCGCGCUCGACCGCGGCUUGGCGGCGGCCUUCCCUGAGGCGCAGGAGGAGGCGUUAGCGGCAGUUGGCAGGGCGCGGGAGGAUCGCCGGCAGGCCACUGGGGAGCAGAGCUCCGACUGCUUCACCAUGGACGACUAUCUGGCGUCCAUCGCCGCCCGCGUGGAGCCGGUCACCAAGCUUGGCUGGGAGCUGCGGAAGGCGGCGGAGGAGCUGAUCCGACUGCUGUGGCCGACGGAGACGCUGCCGGAAGAUCUCUCCAAUCUCAUCGCUUGGCUGGAGAGGGCUCCCGACCGCUUCUUGGACUGGAAGGAGUCGGCCACGCGCGCCGGAGCCGAUAUGGCGCUAUCUUUUGUGCUUUCCUGGUAUAACGAGGUUAGCCUCGACCAGCUGGAGUGCCGGCGCGCCGGCGUGGAGGACAAGCUCCCGGCGGAGAACAAGGCUGCUCGGCUUGCCCGCGCCUGCGCCAUUGCCGACUUCGUCGACAAGUCCGUCUUCAUCGCGGACCCGAAUCCGCCGUCUGACGACGAGGAGGAGGAGGCUGAGGACGAAGAGGCGGACGACGUGCCCGAGGAUGACCCGGCAGCCGGCUCCGCUGAUGCCCCUCCGGCUUAGAUUUCCUGCUUUCCAGUUGUUCUUUUGCCAAGACAAUUUAUUAAA